GGUUUCGUGAAGUCACAUUCACACAUGUCCCAAAGGAAGAGAACGCCCAUGCAGACUCCUUAUCUAAGUUGGUCACGGCUUUGGAUUUUGAGGAGAAUCGAACGGUGAUCGUGACAAAGGAGGUGCGACACGAGGACGCGAUGAUGGCGUACAAAUCAUUAGGGGUUGGGGAAGAAUGGAUGACACCAAUUUGGCUCUUUCUCACGCAAGGAGUAGUUUCGGAGGACCCAAAGGAAGCCUGGCGCCUGCAGCGGAAGGCAGCUCGGCACACCAUAGUGGAUGGAGUGUUAUACAAAAGGUCACACUCGAGCGCCUAUCUGAGAUGCCUCACCUACACCGAGGGAUUAUAAGCAAUCAACGAGGUGCACCAAGGGACUUGUGGUAUGCAUGCCGGCGCCCGAAGUCUUGAGAAGAUCUUGCUCCUCCAGAGAUAUUAUUGGCCAACAAUACGGGCGGAUGCCCGAAAACAUGUUGCGGCGGCACCCAUACAAGAAAAUGUGGGCGCCUGGCCUUUCGCCUAAUGGGGUAUGGACCUUUUGGGGGAACCAUAUCCGGGUGACCUCUCUCGACUUGAAAACAACCGUUUAAUUGCUUUGCUUGUUUUGCUUGUUUGAACCUGCACUAAAGUUUCACGGUUAAAUAAUAAGAAUUCGCUGAGUAGUCAUCACAUCUAGGACCCGGGUUGACAUUAAAACCCAAACCCGUUAUACUAUGCUUUAGGAAGUGGUUACACUUGGCCAUUUUCUAGAGUGACAGUAGGAGUGAGUCAGCGGCCACCCUAUAGCGCCCAGACUAUAGCGGCCAUUCCCGAAAGCGCCUGGGCAGUUCAAGUACUUAAUUGUCGCGGUGGAUUACUUCACCAAGUGGAUUGAAGCAGAACCAUUGGCGUCAAUCACGGAGGCGCAAGUGCGGAAGUUCAGAAGGAAAAACAUCUUUGCACGAUUUGGACUCCCGGAAUCCAUCAUCACCGACCAUGGAAAGAAGUUUGAUUGCAAAAAAUUCAUCGAAUUUUGUGAUGAAAAUGGAGUGAUCUUGCGGUUUUCGUCCGUAGCCUACCCUCUGUCCAACGGGCAAGUUGAGGCAGCCAACAAGAGUAUAUUGCACGGUUUGCACACGAGGUUGGAGGAGGCAAAAGGCAGGUGGGUUGAGGAGCUACCAAGUGUCUUAUGGGCGCAUAGGACUAACUUCAAGGUGGUAUCGGGUGAAACACCCUUUGCAUUGACUUACGGAAGUGAAGCUGUCCUGCCGGUGGAAAUGCGGGUUCCGACCUUCAGAAUGACCCACCGAGACGAGUCAAUGAAUGCUCGGGAGCAAAUUGAUGAGUUAGACCUGUUAGAUGAGCGCCGAGAGGCGGCGGCCCUACGUUUGGAGGCAAUGAAAGGGAAGGUGGCGGGGUAUUACAACAACAAAAUGCGGGCACACAACAUUGUGAGGGGAAGCCUGGUGUUAAAGCGCGAUUUUCGCCCAAAAGUCACCGAGGGAAAGUUGGCCCCAAAAUGGAAAGGAUCAUAUCGCGUUCAGGAGGUCGUUGACCCAAGUACAUUCAAGCUGGAGCACAUGUCGGUUAAGAAAGUGAAGAGGACAUGGAACACACAAAAUUUGCGAAGGUAUGAGGCCGGGGAGUCAAGCAUGGCGGGUGAUGAGGGGGAAAAGGAAAUGGAUACCAUGCCCGGGGCAGUGGAACAGGCGCCCUAUCUUGAAUAGAAACAUUAGGGAAGUUGUCCGCGUCGAGGCCUCCAGUGGUUAGUAGGUUUUUUUUCUCCAAAAGCGCCCUAAUGCGCCGUAGAAUCAAAGCGCCCUUUUUUGUUGCGCCCUUUAUUUUGUAAAAUGUCCACUCGCGCCCGCUCCAUGUAAAGUGCCCUUCUUUUGCGCCCAUACUUUUGCAUAAUCGAAUUAAUUAUAUAUGAAAUAUGAUGUUGGGGAAGUGUGCAAGCGUGAACAAAGUACUCACAAGUGUGCAAGUAUGAACAAAGCGCCCUAUCAUUCGCGCAAAGCAAAGCGGCUGAUAGCGAUGUAUUUGCACAUGUUUGCACCCUUAGUUCUUAUCUGUUUGCGGUGAGUAGUCGUGUAUUUUUUGCCCGUUUUACAUCGGGUUGUGCUACUUUGUCAUAUUUCAGGUCCUAGACGUCGAAGGAAAGGCUAAGCAUGAGUUUCAGGGCAUUUGGAAGUCAUUCGGUCGAGCUGGGGCCAAAGCACGGGCUGGCCUAAACCAAAACACGACCGUGUACACAAACAGGCACGCCAGUGUUUUUAUUGCCAAGAGCUGAACUGAUGGAAAAGCAAAACACGGUUUUGCCCAGGGUUGGCCUUUUAGGAAGAUUUGAGCCAAAGGAAAAGGAGUUCCGAGUUUUAGAGAGAUAGAGAGAUUCCUAGAGAGAGAAAGUGACGAACCAGAGUUCCCAAGUGCCCUAGCAUGAUCUUCAUCACCAUUGGAGCCCGACUUGAGCUUGGAGAAGAUCCGAUUGAGCGCCAGAAGCAGAUUAUCAUCCUUCACAGUAUGGUUUCCGCAUUUGAGCUAGAUUUUCCAUCUCUAUCUAUGGAGUAGUUUUCUUAUUCAUCUGGGUAUGGAGAACCCUAGAUUUGUAUGUUAGGUCUGAUUGUAUGAACCCAAGUACAGAUUUUAUGAUUUGAUUAUAUUAAAUUGAGGCUUGAAUGAUUGAAUGACUUGAAUACUGAUCAAAUUCCUGUUAUUUCUGCUUUAGCCUAGAAAAAGAAUAUCUGCCUAGGUUAAUAGAGCACCCUUAAUUGAAGGUAGUGAAUUGGCGACUUUAGUCGAGGAGCCAAUUCACUAUUCUGUACCGAAUUUACUUCGGUAGUGGAGGUUUGGUUCGUUAGGGCCUCAAUCUGUUUACUCCGGUGGAGGUUAGUCGCCCGCUGGGGACUCAGUUUGAGAGUUCAGACUGUUUAGUCGAGACUUCAGACUGUUUAAGAACCUCCCGCAGUAUAACUAUCAUAGAAACUGAACUUGGUAAAUUGCAAUCCGGCUUUACUGCGGUCUAGGGGGAACCAUAUCUGGGUGACCUCUCUCGACAUGAAAACAACCGUUUAAUUGCUUUGCUUGUUUUGCUUGGUUUGCUUGUUUGAACCUGCACUAAAGUUUCACCGCUAAAUAAUAAGAAUUCGCUGAG